AUAUUUGUUUCUAGCUCUAAUCAAGAAGACAAUAAUUUCUAUGGCAUGUCUGUUGGUAUAAAAGGUGCGAGUAAAAGAAAAUGAGUGAAGAUGAGUGUACAUUAGGAAAACACACCUGCGGUGAAGAUGCUAAGUGCAACAAUACCAAGGGAUCGUACAACUGUUCAUGUAAAGCGGGAUAUUCUGGAUCUAGAUGGACUUGCAAUGGUAAACUUGAUUUGCCUAGAUUGUUUUAUAGAUGAGAGGAGAGAAAGCUGCGCGAGAUAUUGUUGGAAUUUUAUAUGUGAUCAAAUGAGCUACAGCAGAAGCAAGUAAUUCCCACUUUAAAACAGUGAUAUUAAAUCUUCCAGAUAUAAACGAAUGUGCUGAGAGAAUAAAGAACUGCAGUGCUGAUGCUUUAUGCAACAAUACAAAGGGGUUGUACAACUGUUCAUGCAGACCGGGAUAUUCUGGAAAUGGACUCACAUGCGGAGAUAUUGAUGAAUGCAACAAAGGAACACAGAACUGCGGUAAGUAAGCACUUUGCUACAAUACUCAGGGAUCAUACCACUGUAAAUGUCCAUCAUGGCCAGGACACCAAGACUAUGGAAAGGAUUGCUUUGAAACUGUCUCAAACUUUCAGGAAUUGUAUGAAAGGAGCCGAACAGAGAAUGGGCAGGUUAUACUAUUCGUCGACUCAAAGCCAAUUUCAGUUUUCUGUAACAUGGGAGGUUUUGGUUGUGGGGAUGGCGGGUGGACGCCGGUUAUGAAGGUCGACGGCGGGAAGGUAAUAGCUUCUGCUUUCAUUUAUGGAUGCUGGAUCGAGGCUCCUUAACACCCAGCUGUGUCCAAGCCCGUUUAAGGUUUUGGAGCGUUGGAACAUUCAGGCUUCAUGACGCCACAUUGCUCGCCAUUCAUGUGCAUAGGAGAGCUUGCAUGUAUUUUCUGUGUGUUUUGAAGCUAACCUUAUGAUUUUUGAGGUUUCCGUAAUUUGGUUGAAUUUAGCUUAGGCCGAUGAUGUAUACGAUGCCCGCCUAAAGUAAGCAGAUUUGUAGGGGAAAUCAUAACGCUGAAGUAUUUUAAUUCGACAGCCUCGCGGAUGGCUUUGUCACCGAGUUGUGUCAAUGAUAGAAUAAGGGAUGUGGGAGUUCGUGUGUUUCCAGGAGCAAUUAUAAUUUCCGGUUUCUUUCGUGAUAGAAUGAGACCAUAGGGACCCAAAAGUCUUGGGUGAUUUUCUACCCUAUUAUACAAUAUCUUGUUGUCACGUACGUGUAUACGAACUUUUUUCAACCUGUUUAACCCACUUGUUG